CUCGCCCAGCUCUCGGUGGACACGCUGCAGUUCCUGCUCUUUCUCUACAUCCAGCAGCUCAACAAGGUGUCCCUGCGCACCUCGCUCAUUGGAGAUGAGUGGCCCAGCCCCAGGACCAAGGCUCCCAGCCUGGCUGGCAAACCCCACAGCCAAAACAAGAACUGGAACGAUCAGGAGCACCAAGCGUUCGUGCAGAGCCACCUCUCGGAUAUGCUGGAGCUGCUGCUGGAGCCGGAGCAGCUCGCUGCCUCCUUCCACUCCGCACAAGGGCCUCUGGUCUCCUGCGAAGCUGUCCGUGCCCUCAGCUUCCUUAUUGAAGGCACUGUGAACAGGUCGGGGACUGUCCAUCCUCUGCAUGAGCUUGCCCUCUGGCAGCCCUUUCAUGGGGAAAACGGCUACUCGAAGAUCUCCAAAGGCUUCUCCUUCACCAAGCUGGAGAGCUGGAUACGCUCUUGCCUCACGACAAGCCCCUUUGGGAUGACUGCAUGCCUCAGGUCUGGGAGGAAGCUUGCCUGGGCGCAGCAAGCUGAGGGCACGACCAGAAGAGCCAAGAUCGCCUGUAAUGCCCGCGGCGUCCCGGAGGUGUUUUUCCCCAUGGUGAUCAUGAGCCAGGUGUACAAACAGACACUGGCCAAGAGCUCUGACACCUUGGUGGGGGCUCACGUAAGAAUUCAUCGCUGCAACGAGUCCUUCAUUUACCUCCUGUCGCCACUGCGAUCUGUGACCAUUGAGAAGUGCCGGAAUAGCACGUUCGUCCUCGGCCCUGUGCAGACCUCAGUUCACGUCCACAGCUGUGACAAUGUCAAGGUCAUUGCUGUUUGCCAUCGUUUGUCUCUCUCUUCCACCACGGGCUGCACUUUCUACAUUCUCACACCUACGCAGCCUCUCAUCCUCUCGGGGAACCAAGCAGUCAGCUUGGCUCCUUUCCACACCCAUUACCCCAUGCUGGAAGACCACAUGGCUCAGGUGGGUCUGGCCACUGUGCCCAACUACUGGGACAGCCCCAUGCUGGUGUGCAAAGAGAGCAGUGACACGAGCGCCUUCCGCCUCCUGCCGCCCUCGGAAUUUUACACCUUUGUGAUCCCCUUUGAGAUGGAAGGAGACACAACGGAAACACCGGGGGGGCUGCCCCACGCUUACCAGAAGGCCCUGAGUCAGCGGGAGCAGAAGGUACAGAACUGGCAGAAAACUGUCAAGGAGGCAGGCCUGACCAAGCAGCAGAGGAAGAAGUUCCAAGUGCUGGUGGAAAACAAAUUCUACGAAUGGCUGGUGCAAACAGGGAAUCGUCAGCAGCUGGAUAGCCUUGUCCCCCCUGCAAUAGGCUCCAAGCAGGUGGCAGGAUAGCGUUGUGCUGCUGGACUGCAAAAGGGAGG